AUGGCCUGCCUACCUUUUGUUUGUGACCCAAAGGUUAAGCGUGGGUUCAUGCCAAUUGGAGUCAACAUUCUUCUUGCAUCUGUGCUGUUGUUUAGACUGAUCUCGUUAGGAUGUGCCGUAUACGCAUUGGCACUGCUGAACACGGACGCUGCUCUUCAGACCGUCCACACAAACUUCGUUGAUUCUCUCUACGUGUUCGGAAAAAUCCCACUUGGUAACAUGUUGAUCGUUAUUACAUAUUCCUGCGCAUGCGCAAUGAUGCCUUUACAAGUGUUUAACAAUGUGAUGGGAUUAGCAGGAGUAUUGUUUACAAGCAGACGGAUUGUUUAUGCGCAUAUCGGCAUGUCCUUAAUCACGAUCCCUGUUAUGCUGGUUUACAUCGUGUUAUUGGCUGGGACUAGCCGUGACUUUCAUUAUGGAAUAGAUGAUGCAUUUAACACCAAACUAAACAUCGGUGAUUCCGUGGCGACCGAGUUCAGAGGAAAGUUAACCUGCUGUGGGUAUUCUGGUGAAGAUCCUUGUGGAAACUUCUUGAUCUAUGGCGUUAAACUACCAGUAAGUAUAGUGACUAUAAUUAGAAACAAUGUAAUUAAUGUUAGAGGAAACCAGAAAUAG